GGGCCCCACACAUCCAGAAUACUGAAUACCCAAUACUCCCCAUUCUCCAGCCACUCGUCGCCUCCACUAAAUCCUUGGCAUUCCCCCGUUCUCCACCCAAUUCCUCGCCCUCGCUCGUCGACUCGUCGGCCUCGCCCGCCGCCGCCGUUGACGAAAGCUGCGCCAGGUGAUUUCAGUUGCCGCGGGUAUCGGAUUUCGCCAUGGCGACGGCGCUCAAGUCGUUCCUGAACAGCCCCGUCGGCCCCAAGACCAGCCACUUCUGGGGCCCCGUCGCCAACUGGGGCUUCGUCAUCGCGGGUUUGGUUGACAUGAACAAGCCUCCUGAAAUGAUAUCGGGCAAUAUGACAGCAGUAAUGUGUGUGUAUUCUGGACUCUUUAUGAGGUUUGCAUGGAUGGUACAACCGCGAAAUUACUUGCUUCUGGCAUGCCAUGCUUCUAAUGAAAGCGUUCAGCUGUAUCAGUUAUCUCGUUGGGCUAGAGCUCAGGGGUUCCUGGAGAAGAAAGAGCCGGAGGCCCAGCAGUAAAGAUGGAAUGUAAUGCUGCAAUCACUUGUUCAAUAAGGAAUUUUUUUUCAAAAAGCAUCAAUAAGGAAAUUUUGUUUGUGAAGCAGUGUAGAUAUUGUUCAUUCUGUGACCAUGAAGUUUCUGCAUGCUACACAAUAUACUGUGGAAAUCUCAAUGAUACCUGUGUUACUUCAUUACAAGUUUUCAUUUGUGUUACUUUUGCUGCACAUCUUUUGGAAGGCCUGACCUUUUUCAAUGCGGGAUUGCAGUCUA